AGAAGUGAAUUCUAAUACGACCUAUAUCAUGCUUCUAGGAUCUGGCUGCUCUGAAGUAGCAAAAACUGUGUCCUUAGCAGCAGAUCUGUGGAACAUUGUUCAGGUUUCUUAUUCUGCCUCUAGCCCGGCCUUGUCCAAUCGUGAAGCCUACAUGUCGUUUUUUCGAACGAAUGUCGCCGAUUCUCUGUACAAUUACGCCAGAUUGGCGAUAAUAAAGCACUAUGGCUGGCAAAGAGUCGCCACCCUCCACGAGAAUCAGGAAGCUUACUCAACGGCAGUUAAUUUAUUCAGUGAGCUUCUUGCCGCCAAUGGUAUCAAUCUAACUACAUCGGAAAGUUUCACAGUCGAACCUGGUGAGCAGAUAGAUAACCUGAAGGAAAAAGGAGCAUGGAUAAUUUUUGGCAACUUUCAGGAAGUCAUGGCAAGGAAGGUGUUUUGUGAGGCAUACAAGAAGAAACUAUACGGUAAAAACUAUGCAUGGUUUCUGCUCGGGAAGUACAGCCCAAGAUGGUGGGAGAAGGAUGAUAACACUACUACCUGCACGCCUGAACAGAUAUAUACUGCAUUGGACGGUUAUAUACUGACGGAUUCGAUUCCGAUGAAUCUAUAUCCGGAUAGACCGACCAUAUCAGGACAUACUUCCGCGGAGAUUGCCGAGGUGUUCCGAAACAGAGCCGAACAGGCUGGAUUUGAUGACGUGGCUGUGACGUCAUAUGCAUCCGAUGCGUAUGAUGCUAUGUGGAGUAUAGCUCUCACAUUGGAGCGGGCUUCAUCAGACCAUGAUUUAAACAAUGUUUCUGGCGAACUACACGAGUUCUCUUACGAGAGCCAAGGCACAAGAGAGCAUUUUAUCAAUACACUAUCAACCUUGCAAUUUGAGGGAUUCUCGGGAUCUGUAAGCUUUACUGAUGCUGGUGACCGUGAGGGACUUAUUGAGAUUCGUCAAAUCAGAGAUGGCGAAGAGAUCGUAGCUGGUCUUUAUUCAUUUCAUGGCGAUGAGCAACAUGGAACGGACCUAAAUAUCACAGAUAUACAGUGGUCAGGAGGCAGACCUCCCAAAGAUGAGACAACGGAAGAGAUAGUAUUCCAGACCAUUCCUCUGCUUUAUCUUUACGUAGCAGGUGGACUGUGUGCCGCAGGGAUAGUCUUUGCCUCCGUGUGUCUUCUAGCUACUAUCAUACUGUGGGAGAGAUCAGCAUUUUACAGAGCCUCACCGUUAUUCUUGGUAUUGGGCUUACUUGGUUGUGUCGGGAUGUAUGUAUCUAUCUUCUUGAUGGGUGUUGGAAGUGACGUCAUUGGACCUGAUUACCAAGUCAUUAUUUGCACGGUGAGGUCAUGGACUCUAGCUCUGAGUUUCUGUUUGGCAUACGGCGCCCUCUUCGCCAAAAUCUAUAGAGCUCACAAACUACUCGUCUCCAAAGCGAACCUGUGGAACCCAGGUGGCCAUUUUCCAUUUAUGUUUCGGUCGUUGAUGUCGAUAUUUCUCUUCUGUGUGAUUGUUCUUAUCGUAUGGACUGUCUGGUUUCCUAUUCAAAGAGAUGUCGUCUCAUCCGGGAAUGAGUACAAUGAAGAUACGAACACCCUGUAUCGUUUUGAAGUAGAGUAUUGUCUUCGUGGUAAUGCUCUUUACUUCACCGGAACCAUUAUGGGUUUCCUUGGUCUUGCUCUGCUCCUUGGUGCAUUUUUAUCUUACGAGACUCGUGCAAUGAAGAUCGUGACAUUGAACGAUACCUUUGUAUCCGGUAUUGCUGUCUACUGCUCGGUAACAUUCAGUGUCAUCAGCACUCCUCUCGCCUUCAUCCUAGGGAAUAAUCCUCAGAUUGGGUACCUUACCGUGGCUAGUAUGGCAUGGAUCGGUGUUACUCUGGUGCUUAUCAUUAUAUAUGCACCGAAGUUCCAUGCAGUUCGAGGUACUUGGAGUCAGAGACAGAACUCGCAAACAAGAACGAUCCAAGAGAUCUAUGACGAGGAGGUCGACGAAGAGACGAAACUCAGGCACAAGAUUGAUGAGGUCGAUCGUGAUAUUGAAGAAUUUAAGAAGGAGAUCGCUCGUCGCAAGGAGUUUGGCCGCCAAUCUCUUUUCAGAGGAUUCGGGAUCUGGUGCUUCGGUCAUUCUCUCAGGCUCAGCUGUGGACAUCGCAAGGUCAAGAUCCCAUCUCUUCACACUCAAAUGCGCAAGCCAACAAUGACAGAGUACGACAACCACGCCCUCGAAGCUUCAGACUGGAAUCUUGCCCGAUAUGGCACCCACGAGCCAGGGUCAUCUUCAUCAGGCGAGGGGUCAUCGGGAAAUCAACAAGAAAACAAUGAGAGGGACACCGAAGCGACCAACAAAGUCAAUUCACAGUCAGACUUGACCAAACUCUAGGAGGAUCUAAUGAUAAUUAUAUCAGCCAUAUCUGGAGUUUAAUUGAUGCUUCUUCUCUUCAGUUGCUUUUAUAUCUGUUUUUUCCCCUACAAAACCACUUUGAGUAACUGAUUUUAAUAAACUUGGGGGAGAUGAUCAAAAGGAGUUUACUCUAAAUCAAUCUACUCAAUUUUAAAGACGUAACUUGCUCUCAGAGAUAUUUCUGAAGAUUUUUAUUGACGUAAAUUGGCUUUUCAUUUAUAUAAUUUGUUUAUUUCGAAUGAAAACUGAUCAACAUGUUUACAGAUGAAGAUAUAUAUAUAGUGAAAAAUAUAUAUGUGUAUAAUUAUUGAUUCUAAGUUAAAGAUGCCAUUUGUAUUUUGGUAUGGUUUCUUAAUAUCAAAUUGAAACAAACAAUACUUUCUUUGAUUUUUUGAAGUGGGUAUACAUGUAUACCUAUAUUUGAAGCCAUUGUGCGUUCCCAUGGAUACAUCGGUAACCAUGGAUACAUCAAACGCUAACAAUCUAUUCACUUACAUGUAAAUAACAUCCUACAUGUUCUAUUCUAAGUGCCGGUGGCUUUUUAUACCAUUGAUAUUUACAUGUUUUUUUUUGUUUAAACAAAAACCCGUCAGGUUAUUUUUAUGUCACUUUGAUAUUCAUUCACGUCAUGAUGGUUUAUUUCAACCAUUUUCAAAACAAGGAUAAAUGUAUCUGUGAAUUACUUUUUAUGACAACAUGACGAACAUUAUUUACACGUGUUUUUUUUAAGAAUAAAGAAUUCGUAUAUUAUUUGAAAGACGUGAUGCUAUUGCAGUUAUUUACAUCAUGUACAUACUUUGCCGGUAAAAUGAUAUUUAUGAUAAAUAUAGUUUUAUAUUUAGUUCUUAUACUAUUAAGUGCUUACGUUUAUCAUGCAUUUUGAAUACUUAUGUCUUGAAUCUCAUAUUUCGCCUUUUCAUACUGAAUAAUUUAUUUGUUGAUGUCUUGAUUCGAGAGUUCAGAUAGAUAAACGGAGUUGAUUACAUUGCCAUGGUUACUGAAAAACAUCACUACCGAGGCACCCGGAUUUUUAAAGGCAAUG